CAUCGCGGCGGCGUGAGGGGAACUCAGCGAGCACUCUUCAAAGAUGGCGGCGCUGUGUGUCGGGGGCGUAGCUAGAAGAGGCUGGUCGCGGAUAGUCCCCGUGGCGACACGCAGAGAAUUAUGGUCUCGAAUCAGAAAAGAGAAAGAGCCAGUGGUGACUGAAGCAGUAGAGGAGGUGAAAACAGAACCUGUCCUGGUGUGUCCCCCCUUACGAAGCCGAGCGUACACACCACCUGAAGACCUCCUGAGUCGUUUGGAGUCUCAUAUGAAAGAAGUUCUUGGUUCAUCUCUUCCUGCUAAUUGGCAAGACAUCUCCCUGGACGACAGUCAUGUGAAGUUCAGUCUCUUGGCACAUUUAGCUGAUGACUUGGGCCAUGCAGUGCCUAACUCCAGGCUUCACCAGAUGUGCAGGGUCAGGGAUGUUCUUAAUUUCUAUAAUGUUCCUGUUCAAGAUAGGUCUAAAUUUGAUGAACUCAUCACCAGUAAUUUGCCUCCCAAUUUGCAGAUCACUUGGAAUUACUGAGCAAUCAGAAGGUGAACACACUGAAUUCAUUUUAUUCUCCUCACUAAGGUGGCUGCCAGUUAGACCUUUAGCUAUGUUGCCUAUCCCAACUCUUCUCUAAACCUCCUUUUAAUAGAUUUGAUUUGUUUCUUUCUAUAGAAUGCAUUCUUUUCUCUUGAUGAUGCCACAAAACAUUUUCUAAUUAAAGCCUGUUUUCCCCAAAAGAAUCAAGUUUUAAUUAUUUAUGAAAAUAUUCUGAGGUAUAUCAGGCAGGGUUCUCUAGAGAAACAGAUCUGAUAGAAUGAAUAUAUAUUUAAGGGGGAUUGAUUAGGUUGGCUUACAGGAUAUAGUCUGGAUAUUCCAGGCAUGACUGUCUCACAGUGGAGAGAUUGAGAACCUGAUGGUUGCUCCGUCCACAAGACUGAAUGUCUCAGCAGUCCUAAUCUGACACUGAAGGCCUGCAGGCUUUCUGGAGAGUUGCUGGCCUUCAGUCUCCAUGGGAAAACUGAAUGAGCUGAUUCUAAUGCUACUAAAGAAAUGCAGCAGGGCAGGAGCAGGAUCAUGAACUUGCCAACAGAGUGGAGGCCAGCAGGCCAGAAGCCAGGUUUUCCUCCUUCCAUGGGUGCUGCCCGCACUCAGGGUGGGUCUUCCCACUUAGUGUAAUCAAGAGAGUUCCUCAUAGAAGCACUCAGUGUCUUGCCUUACAGUUGAUUCCAGAUCCAGUCCGGUUGACAGCCAAGAUUAGCCAUCAGAGACACUGGGUGUAAGAUAGGAGGCCAUUGCAAGUGCACGUGUCUUCUCUGCCCUUCAUACAGAUGAAGUAGAUGCAAGAAGAUGGUCUGCUUUUAGUAGGCGCCUAAAUAUAAGAUGAGAUUAUAUACAUACACAAAUAAGGAGACAUAUUUUAUAUUGGACAUAAACAUGAAAGUCUAUUAUAGAAAGUUGUUUCUUUGCUUUACUGCAUGAGUAAAAAUGGUAGGAAAUACCCUGUGUAUUCUAGAUUCAUCUCUUGAAUUAAAGCUGAUUUCUAAAGUAUA